UAAAACUAAAAUUUGUUUUUAGCCAUGACUUCACCACGACUGUUCGUUCUUGAAGAUAUGUUUAAGUUUAACCACAUCGCCUUUGAUCCGUCGGUGGAAGUAUAUUCCCUGCCGUUCAUACUCCCAAAGAUCUUUAAGUAUCCGGAGCUGGUCCUUGCUGUAGAUGCACCUGAUGAUCGUCUUGUGGGAUUUAUUCUGGGAACACGCAUAGAGGAUGCAACUGAAACUAUUGGCGAUGGAAAGGAUCUUAUUUCGAAUCAUGGACAUAUCUCCGCCCUGGCUGUGGCCCAUGACUACAGGAAACUGGGCCUGGCCACUCGUCUGAUGGAUACUCUUAGGGAUAUCAUGGAUCGUCAGAAGGACUGGUAUAUUGAUCUAUCUGUCAGGGCAAAGAAUGCUAAUGCCAUCAGGCUUUACGAGUCCUUGGGCUAUGUUAAAUAUCGCUGGCUGCCCCAAUAUUAUCUCGACGAUCAUGGAUAUAAUAUGCGACUGCCUUUGGCCCGUGAUGUGGAUAGGAAGUCACUGGAGGGGGUUUUGAUCAAUAAGCUUUAUAGCUUUGGCCAUAUGUUGUGCUAUCUUCUGCUGCACUAUAUAAUCGGAGUGAGGGAUAUUGUGUUUAUAUAGGUCGUGCAAUAAUUGAAUCCAUUAUACAAAACCAAAUCAGUUUGGCAGAAAAAUAGAUUAAAUUAAACCAUUUAUGAAACAAGCAGACAAAGUUCAUUGCACUCAGUCGACGAUAUUGUACUAAAAGUUUGGGCAAAUCGCUCAAAGUAAAAAAUGAAAAGUGGAAAAUAUAUGUCAGAAAGCAUAUGGAAACAUGAUUUGUUUAUAUGACAACAUUGAACCGAAAUUUUCAAAUGCUCUGCGUUUCAAGUUGCGCAAAAUGCCAAAUUGUGAAAAUCAUUGCGCGUGUUU